GAGAUGCACACAGAGGAAAAAGAACGAGAGAGAGAGAGAGGGAGGGAGAGCUUUUAAGGGAUUUGGCAGUGAUUUGUAGACUCUCACUGCUGUAAUGUUGUGCUGUUUCCUCCACUUUUCUCUGAUUCUGCAAUGAUACUAUAAACUAAAGCUUCAAAAGUCAGUCUUUUCAUUUAGUCUUCAUAUAUCACAACUACUUUUUUUAUUUUUUUUUUAGACAGUUGUUUUCUGUGUGGUGGUUAUUUUUGAGAGUGCACAGCGGCGGUCUGAGAUGAUAGGGGAUUUACUUUUGGCGAGGAGAGGAGAGCCUCUAGAUAUAUAAUCACAUUUCGGACCAUGGAUGGAGGCCUGUUUGGAAGAGCUCAUGUGAUGGAUAAAAUCAAGACUGGUCAAUGAAGAAUGGGCAGGUGUCAGACGUAGAGGGAGUGGCCUGGUGCUGUCAGUACCUCUGCCGGUCAUCAUCAUGACAUCAGAGGCCCGCUCAUCCCAUCAGUGCUGCCGGCUCACUUCACCUUUCAGGUACCAAACAUGGCUUCAGCUGAUGUGGGCGCUGUUGGUGGGUAUCAGCCCAAGCUCAGGGGCCCAGCAGGGCACCCAGCCACAGUCCAUCAAAAUCGAGGGCGACAUCACCUUGGGCGGGCUGUUCCCAGUGCACUCUCGGGGACCUGCUGGGGUGCCCUGUGGGGAGGUCAAGAAAGAAAAGGGGAUCCAUCGAUUGGAGGCCAUGUUGUACGCCUUGGACCAGAUCAAUAGUGACCCGGACCUGCUGCCUAACAUCACUCUGGGGGCCCGGAUCCUUGACACCUGCUCCAGAGACACCUACGCCCUGGAGCAGUCGCUCACCUUUGUCCAGGCACUCAUCCAGAAGGACACCUCAGAUGUGCGCUGCUCAAACGGAGAGCCUCCCAUCAUCCCCAAACCGGAGAGGGUGGUUGGGGUGAUUGGGGCGUCUGGCAGUUCGGUGUCCAUCAUGGUGGCCAAUGUGCUCAGAUUGUUUGCGAUUCCCCAGAUCAGCUAUGCCUCCACUGCCCCGGAGCUGAGCGACAACAGCCGCUAUGAAUUCUUCUCCCGUGUGGUGCCUCCUGAUUCCUACCAGGCCCAGGCUAUGGUGGACAUAGUCAAAGCCAUGGGCUGGAACUACGUCUCCACGCUGGCAUCUGAGGGCAACUACGGAGAGAGCGGUGUCGACGCCUUUCUCCAGAUAUCCAGAGAAGCAGGGGGGCUGUGUAUCGCACAGUCCAUAAAGAUUCCCAGAGAGCCCAGACCCGGGGAGUUUGAGAAGAUCAUCAAGAGAUUGAUGGAGACCUCUAAUGCUCGUGGGGUCAUCAUCUUUGCCAACGAGGACGAUAUCAAACGGGUGUUACAGUCUGCCAAAAAGGCCAACUUGACAGGCCACUUCCUGUUUGUUGGCUCCGACAGUUGGGGGGCCAAAAGCUCCCCCAUUCAAGACCAGGAGGACGUGGCUGAGGGUGCUGUCACCAUCCUGCCCAAAAGAGCCUCUAUUGAUGGGUUCGACCAGUACUUCACUUCAAGAUCUCUGGAAAACAACAGAAGAAACAUCUGGUUUGCAGAAUUCUGGGAGGACGACUUCAAGUGUAAACUAACCCGCCCUGGUGUAAAGUAUGAACUUGGUAGAAGAAAAUGUACAGGUGAGGAGAGGAUCAGUCAGCACUCUCAGUACGAACAGGAGGGCAAGGUGCAGUUUGUGAUUGAUGCUGUGUACGCUAUGGCCCACGCUUUACACAGCAUGCACAUGGACCUGUGUCCUGGCUACAUGGGUGUCUGUGAGAAGAUGGACCCCGUGGAAGGACGGAAUCUGCUCCAAUACAUUCGCUCAGUCAACUUCAAUGGCAGCGCAGGAACUGGAGUGAUGUUCAAUGAGAACGGAGACGCUCCUGGUCGUUACGACAUCUUCCAGUACCAACUGUCUAAUGUCAGCAACCCCGGCUACAAGGUUAUCGGCCAGUGGACAAACCACCUCCGCCUCAAUUCGGAGGAGAUGCAGUGGUCAGGUGGUGACCGUAAGAUCCCGGAGUCGGUGUGCAGUUUUCCCUGUGAGUCUGGAGAGAGAAAAAAGAUGGUGAAGGGCGUUCCCUGCUGCUGGCACUGCGAGCUCUGUGAUGGCUACCAGUACCUGCUGGAUGAGUUCAGCUGCGACAUGUGCCCAUUCGACAUGAGGCCCUUAAAGAACCGCACAGGCUGCCGGCCCACACCCAUCAUCAAGCUGGAGUGGAGUUCUCCCUGGGCCAUCAUCCCAGUCUUCCUGGCCAUCCUGGGCAUCCUGGCCACCAGUGGAGUCAUCAUCACCUUCAUCCGCUUCAACGACACGCCCAUUGUUCGAGCCUCAGGCAGAGAGCUCAGCUAUGUGUUGCUGACGGGCAUCUUCCUCAUCUACUUCAUCACCUUCCUCAUGAUAGCCGAGCCCAGCAUAGCCGUAUGCGCCUUUCGCAGGCUGCUGCUGGGGCUCGGCAUGUGCAUCAGCUACUCCGCCAUGCUCACCAAGACCAAUCGGAUCUACCGAAUCUUCGAACAGGGCAAGAAGUCGGUCACGCCCCCCAAAUUCAUCAGUCCCACCUCUCAGCUGAUUAUCACUUUUAUACUCAUCUCAGUGCAGUUACUUGGGGUGUUCAUCUGGUUUGGUGUGAUGCCUCCGCACACCAUCAUCGACUAUGAGGAGCAGAAGCCCCCAAACCCAGAGUUCGCCCGUGGGGUCCUCAAGUGUGACAUGUCCGACCUGUCCCUUAUCUUGUGUCUGAGCUACAGUAUCGUACUGAUGAUCACCUGCACUGUGUACGCUAUCAAGAGCAGAGGAGUUCCUGAGACCUUCAACGAAGCCAAACCAAUUGGCUUCACCAUGUACACGACCUGCAUCAUCUGGCUGGCCUUUGUACCAAUCUUCUUUGGCACUGCACAGUCUACAGAGAAGAUGUUCAUCCAGACCACCACCCUGACAGUGUCCAUGAGCCUGAGUGCCACCGUGUCCCUGGGCAUGCUCUACAUCCCUAAGGUCUACGUCAUAAUCUUCCACCCGGAGCAGAACGUCCAGAAGAGAAAGCGCAGCUUCAAAGCUGUGGUGCAGGCAGCCACUGUGUCCACGCACCUGUCCCAGAAGUCCAACGACAAACAGAACGGAGAGUCCAAGAUUGAGCCAGACAGAUCACAGUGAAACAAAUGAAACUGGGUCCAUGUUUCUAUCACCUAAUAUCUCAAGCACAGACUGAGAUAGCUGCUGAAAAAUCAGCAUUUUUUCCUAGUUUUGGCCGGAUUAUUUUUCUUCUUCUCCCCUUUACUAUGGAUUGAAGAACAGUGAAGACAUCCCUGGAUGUUAUUUCUUUUCACACUUAUUUAGAGAACUCAGAUCUACUGAACCUGGAAUGAAACACAGAAGGAAAUAGAAAAUGCUCACACUUAAAAUUAACAACUUUUUAGUACACUUUAAGAAGAACUGAAAGGACACUGACGUAAGGUUUGUUCUUCUUUUGUAUCAACAUCCACAUAUACACCUCAGCUGGAUGAGGAGGUAUUGUUAGUUUUAACUUUCCCUGGGAAAUACUGAUUAGGAAAAAAUACUUUUAAAUGGCGACCUUUACCCUACAGGAAGAUGUACAUGUAUGUGGAAUCCCUCGGGGUCAACAAAGCAUUGUUAACUGGCUCCAAAAGCACUGCAUGGAUUGUGUGUUUUAUGUGUACAUGAGUGUUUUGAAAUAUUGUUCAUAAGGGGUGUCGUGACUUUUUCUUCUGAUUGCACUGGAAGGAACCAGUUCUUAAAAUGCACCACCAUGUCCUGUUACUAUUUCUGAUGAAGUCCCCUGGGGAUGUAUAAUUAACCACUUUACUAUAAUCACUCACAGCAGAAUCAUUCAAUGUCCAAUCACUAAUGCAACAAAGCAUUUUAUUUAAAGUAGUGUUGUAUAUGUAUUAAGGUACAAUCUGGCUUUCAUUGUGGAAGCUGUAGAUCCAUGCGUGCAAACAGGAUACAAGUGAUUACGAGCAGGAUAUUUAUCUUCUACCUGGUACUUUUACUUCUCCGCAGUGGAAAACAAUGUUUGGCAUUUCCCUAUAUUGUUUGUCAAAAUAUCAAGCAAUCUCCUCGAACGUCAGCCGGUAAGGCAACAUGCCAAAGUCAUGGGCAAGCUACUGUUUUUUUCAUGCAUGGGAGCCCUGUCAAAAAGCCCAGUGCAUAGAAAUAGAAUGACAGUAGAAUGGACAUUAACAUUGAAAUCAACAUCGCAAGAUGGUCAAGGACGUUAAAAAUAGAAGUCAUGGUGUCAUAUCAUGUCAUACCAAAUGGGUACAACACGUGCGCGGUGAAAUCUGGUCUGCACUUGCUGAAUAGCUCAACAUGGGGAUGAUUGAUUCAGCUCAUUGAAGUGUCCGCAGUCAGCCUUGGGUUGGAAUAUAUUUGAACGAAAAAUAAAGAUAUGGGUGAGAAUUACAAUUCUAUAAUUAUUGAAAAAGUCAAUCAUAAAAGACCAUAAUCAAAUACUUUCAUGCAAACCUUAUAUUGUAUUUGGGCUGCCAUUGAAUUGAGUGUAACCAAAAGUUCAUCAGGCUGAGCGCACCCAAAGAGCACCUGAGCAGACACUGUCCCUUUAUUUCUAGUGCUGUCUGCUGUAGCCCUCCAACAUCAUGGGUCUAGUUACACUGUGCAUGUGUCAUACUCCAUAGCUCCCAUGGGGUCAAAGAGCGUGUCCCAGAAUUCACUAAAUAGCCCUGAGGAUGGUCAGAGUGGUGGCUAUUUUUAUGUGGAUGCAUUGCCAUUGCAAAUUGCAGUGGGUUACCUUCUAUAUAAACUUCCUUAUGCGCAAACUCACUUGCAGCAAUUUCUGAGCUCUCUUAUGAGGUUUGCAGUAAGGACCAAAUGAACAGUUGAGUACAUUUUCAAAUAUGCAAUCCGUCACUUAACCAUGACUCAACUCCGUAACUGCUAUUUCCCCGUUUCUUUUGUUGCCAUUGACUGCAUGACUGUUGAAACAAUAUGUACUGUAGCUGCCUCAAAAGUACGAGAAAAAGACGCUGCUCAGUGGACAGCUGGGUGGUAGAAUGAGACCCUGGGGAAAACAUCGUGCAAAUCAGCAUAUUAUCUCAUCUAACUCAGUGAAUUAGAUGAGAUGACUAAGGUGGUUUUGGUGAAUUUUAUUUUGCUUUUGUCGAGUUUGAAUGAAGUGUGUUCCACGAAGAGUUAACAAUGACGUUAAGCUAAUGUUUAGUUCGCUGAAAGAGAAAAACUUGGAUUGGUGUACGAAUUUAUUUUCCUGUUUAGUGAUGAAAAAUAGGUAUAAGAAGAAUAGGCCAAAACAGAGUUCUCAAGUGAGUGUGACGCACUGACGUGUGUCUUCUCAAUAAAAACUAACAUCAAUCACA